ACGCGGUGGCAGCAACACCGCGCUCCAACCCUCUGACCCCUUCAAAGUAACCCCCCUUUUGGCCCUGUGGUGCACGCUGGGAUACCGCGGGUUGCCUCACGAUGCGCAUGUUACCGCCCCUCAUGAAGAACAUUCCAGAAGCCAGCAGAUCACCCGUCAGAAGAACUUGUUAGUUUGACCUCGUCUGCUCCUCCGAUUACCUCCGGGCAACGUAUGAACAAAUGUACAUGUUUGGGAUGCUGGUCGGAGCCCCUCUUGCUGGCAUUCUCAGCGACAGGUUCGGGCGCAAGACAGUGUUUUCUGUGGGGAUCGUCUCGUACCUCGUCCUGUCCAUCGCCUCUUGUUGGCUGCCGAGCUUCACGGCCAUCCUCGCCUCGCGUUUUUUCCUGGGAUUCCUUCAUCCAGCCGGUCUGCAGGUUGCCUACGUCUUAGCCAUGGAGGUGUGUGAGUCUCGGUACAGGUCGAUCGUGGGUGUUCUCCUUGCCUUACCCUGGGCGCUGGGCACCAUCGCCUGGGGUAUCUGGGCACACCUUCUGCGAGACUGGAAGUGGUUGCAGUUAGCCGUCUCCCUCCCAGGCUUGAUUCUCCUGCCGGUUUUGUGGUUUUUGGACGAGUCUCCCCGCUGGCUCGUGAUCCGAGGCCAGUUCGACAGAGCGCAGAAGAUCCUCGAAAAGGCGGCUCACUGGAACGACGUCCAGCUUCCUCCUGCGGGACAGCUGGAGCGUCUCAUGAGGAAUAUUCAGAAGGAGACCAUUUUGGCCAAGGAAGAAAUUAUGGCGGACCACGAAGGCGCUGUUCCUCUGCGGCGGAAAAUGUGGCUGUUCGGACUCAAAAUAUUUGUUCUAUUUAGGUAAGGAAUUUCAUACGAAGAAUCUGUUUUUUUUUUGCG